CUACCCCAUUGUCUGACACCUUUCUCUAUUAUUUUGAGAGCCAAUCCUCCAAAUAUGUCGUGUUUAUGUUGUUUGCGUGGCAAAUGAUACUACUUGUGCAGCUUUGUACUGCAUUUUGAUUUCAGACGAUCUUUACAGCUUGCUGGAUUCAAUCGUUAAAGCCAUGCCUGAACAGCAAAUUGAUCCACAAAAUACACCCGAAAAUGGCUCGCUCGAAGAGGAUAUCCCAGCAGAGCGGUCUGAAAGCGAGGAAGAAGAGGAAAUGCAGCCUCUCGAAUAUACGCAGCUCGACAUCACGACACAGGAGAUGCGAUUCUUGACGCUCGAGCCUGCUGCACCUGACACUCUUCUCAAAUGCUCCAUGUCUAUAGAGCCACUCGAAAAGUGCAAGCCUUAUACAUAUAUUAUCAACACAAGAGGUAAUCCCAUUUCGUGGCUUGGAAUCUCCAUCGAUGGCAAAUCCAAGCACGUGACCAGGAACAUCUGCGAAUUCCUCGCUCAUAUCAGAUCAAGAGACGUUCCCCAGCGAUUAUGGUUUCGAGAUGUAUGCAUAAACCAUCAAGAUUCAGAAGAGAAAUCUCGAUACUGGAACCAAGAAUGGAUGGACACAAUGAUCAAGCACGCAGAGAAAGUUGUUGAUCUCAGCGAAGUCAUGGCCGAGUUAUGGGACAAAGGAGAAUUACCGCGACCGUUUCCUCGAACGGCCAAAGAUUGGAGCCAUACGAGGCAGCCAAAGGAGACGAAACAUCAUCCUUGCCCCCUGCAGAUGCAGAAGGGAUGGGUUGAUCCUCCGCCGCCUCACCAAUAUCUGCCACUAGACUAUGUGGCAGACGAGUUUCGCCUCGUCGUACUCUGGAAAGCAGAGAACUAUGACGACCCUUUACGAGCUGCACUAGCAUACUCAGUCAUGCACGACGAUGUCGCGUAUCACUGCUUGUCAUAUACUUGGGGCUCAAGUGAGGAAGAACCAACAUGUCCUAUACUCCUCAAUGGGCAGACCUUCAUGAUCAGAAAGAACCUCGAUCGAUGUCUCCGGGAACUUCGUGACAAGGUGAACAAAAGCAAUAUAUGGAUUGAUGCAAUAUGUAUCGAUCAGAACAACAUCCCUGAGCGCAACCGUCAGAUACCAAGGAUGCUAGAGAUUUACGAGGCAGCAGAUGUUGUCCUCUCUUGGAUUGGAGAAGGUGAUGAAGCGAGCGACACGGCAAUAGACUUUCUCGAUGAGUUGAAAAGUCCAAAGCUGCAGCCGGAUGAUAAUGGCAAUUGGGGUCCAUACACAGUCAAAGAAGACGAUGAGUGGAAAAUCACACCGAUUCCUGAUCUACCCCAACGACUUGCAGCUCUGUAUCGUUUGUUCCUCAGACCAUACUUUCGACGAAUCUGGGUCAUUCAAGAACUCGCAGUCGCGAAUCUUCCUUCCGUAUACUGUGGUAAGAAGAAAGCAGCUUGGAGUCAAUUAGACAUGGCGGCAUAUCAUCUCUUAGACAUUCUGCACCGCGAUCGCACAAUGCCAGCUCGAAUGAUGGCUGCGGAUCCGUUGUUGAAGUCGGUCUCAGACCAAGACAUCUGGUUUGUUCGGAAGCUCUUUUACUUUCGUCAUCUACGCUCCAGGAAUGCAGACCAUUGGUUGGGACAGACUAAUUUCUCAAAACUCAAAGAGAACUCGCCUGGGAUUCUCGAUGCUUUGAUUCUUGGUCGAGACUUCGAAAGCACUGCGCCGCACGAUAAAGUUUUUGCUCUCUUGAAUCUAGCGCAGGAUAUAGAGGGGCUUGACUUCAAAUUGGACUAUUUGACAUCUUUGUCUCAAACUUAUCAAGAGUUUGCAACUGCAGUGGCAGAAAAGACUAGAAGUCUCGAUAUCAUUUGCGCAGCAGAGAACAGCAAUUCUGGUCUAGACAUGCCAACUUGGUCUGCAGAUUGGAGUACCCCGUCAAAAGCAAGCAGUCUCGUCCGUCGAGAACACAUCCCCAACGUCUACAUGUGGGCCGUACAAGAUAUCUCUGGCUCCAUAUACCACACUUGUGGACCCACCAACCUCACGCCCAGAUUCUCCUUCAACAAUUCUAUCCUCGAAGUAGCAGGCUUGAUCCUCGAUUCCGUCAAAUCUGUCCAUUUGCAAGAGGAUUCCGACACCGGCAAGUCUAUAGGCAAAUGGAUGAGCAUAGCAGCUAAUGCUUUGCUCACUGAAGAAGAAAACCAGGCACCGGGAUUGAAUAUGCCGUUCAUGGAGAAAUUCUGGUCCAUGCUAGCAGGCGACGUGACUGGGGUGUGGUCUGUCGAAAUAAAACCAACUUCUGGAUCUCUCAGAGAGGAAGAAAAUGAGAACGUUAGUUUUCGGCCAGUGUGUGUGAAAGAAGAUGAAUGCAAACAUAGGAUGCGGAAUACCUCUGCUGAUGUCUUCCGAAUCGUCACGAGAGGAAGAGCUUUGAUCAUUACCGAGAAUGGAUUGAUGGGCCUUGCGCCUGAAAAUGCGAAGCCAGGACAGAGGCUGGGUAUUUUGAGUAAGUGUAGUGUACCAGUUUUGUUGGGGGAGAAUGAAGAUGGGAGUUAUACGUUCAAGGGAAGUGCUUUUGUGCAAGGGUGGAUGGAAGGAGAGGCUUUGGAAGAUGUUGGAAUGAAUACUGAAGAAGCUUGGGAGGUACUGGAUGAAUCUGGCAGGUUGAAGAUCGUAUAAUCUCGUUGAACGCAAGAGGUCGUUACUUCAUGAAAACUGUGCCAUAUUGUAGGUAAGUAUUCAGAUCACAUGUAAACGCAUGUGAAUUGACGCGUAGAUGUUGGAAAUAAUUGAAGCAAGGGCUGCAUGCAAGCCAC